AGAUUAGCCUACUUUUAAAAAUGUCCAGCCUUCGGACAGCUUGGCAACAGCAGCUACGUACAGUGUGUAGCAGCACCCAGAAGCGAACAAAGCGACCCGGAAGCGCUGAACCAAUUGGAGGCAGGCAGAAAGAAUACCAAUCUUUAAUAAUAAAGCAAGACAAAAUCUGCAAUCGGGACAUCAGGAUGGCUGAGCCUCGGUUCAACAACCCCUACUUCUGGCCUCCGCCUCCCUCCAUGCCUGGCCAGCUGGAUAACCUGGUGCUCAUCAACAAGAUCAAGGAGCAGCUGAUGGCUGAGAAGAUCCGACCCCUGCACCUGCCACCCAACUCAGCCCCCUCUCAGCAAACCCUGCUGGUGGCUUCCUCCCCCUCGGACGGGGGGCAGCAGCAGCAUGGCAUGCCCAAGCACCAGCAGGGGCAGCACCACCCUCAGGGCUCGGUCCAGCAGCCCGACAUCGCCCUGCACGCCCGCCCAGCCUCCAGCUCUGUGCCAGUUAGAUCAGUUAAUUUUAUUACCUUCAAUGUCGAUGAUGCAGACGUGAAUAUGGAUGACAAGUCAGCAGUGAAGGCAAAAGGACUGUGGGAUGAGUGGCACAUGCGACAGAUCGUAGAGCAGCCCUCUAGAGUCAACCAUCGGUCAGUCUUUAUGUGCCCAUACACAGGUCUGGCCCCGUCGUCCCGGCCAGACGGCCACAGCAUUUCCGAGGCCCUCACGCCCACCACACCCACCUCCAGCAGCCAGAACCGACUGGGAGGGGCCCCAUCGGUCAACAUCAUCUCCGGGCUGGCCAGUGGGCCUGGCAUGGAGCAGAUGAAGAGCGGGGGCCUGGCCGGACUCCUCGGCCCUCCACCCAAGACACCCCGCGGGCGGAAGAAAAUCAAAGCGGAAAGCGGAGGGCCUCUUCUGGUGGUGCCCUAUCCCAUCAUGGCCUCUGGCGCAGACCAGGGCUGCAUCACCUUCCCUGCCAAAGAGGGCAAAACGUACAGAUGCAAAGUGUGUCCGCUUACCUUCUUGUCCAAGUCGGAGAUGCAGAUCCACUCCAAGUCCCACACGGAGGCCAAACCCCACAAGUGUCCCCACUGCUCCAAGUCGUUUGCCAAUGCGUCCUACCUGGCCCAGCACCUCCGCAUUCACCUGGGCAUCAAGCCUUACCACUGCUCCUACUGCGAGAACUCCUUCCGUCAGCUCUCGCACCUGCAGCAGCACACCAGAAUCCACACUGGUGACAGACCCUAUAAAUGCGCGGCCCCUGGAUGUGAAAAGGCCUUUACCCAGCUCUCUAACCUACAGUCUCACCAGAGGCAGCACAACAAGGACAAGCCGUACAAAUGUCCCAACUGCUACCGUGCCUACUCAGAUUCAGCAUCGUUACAGAUCCACCUGUCUACGCACGCCAUCAAAAACGCUAAGGCCUACUGCUGCAGUAUGUGUGGCCGGGCAUACACCUCAGAAACCUACCUUAUGAAGCACAUGUCCAAACAUACAGUGGUUGAGCACCUAGUGAGCCACCAGUCCCCCCAGAGGACAGAGUCUCCCAGUAUCCCAAUACGCAUCUCCCUCAUCUGAGCUCUCCACCCACACAGCAUUACUGUAUGUUGUUGUAUUCAUUUUCUAUGUAAGGCUGUAGUUUAGGGACCCUGCAUAUAAGGCCAUCGACACAAGGCCUACAUACAGUGCCUUUGGAAAGUAUUCAGACCCCUUGACUUUUUCCACAUUUUGUUACGUUACAGCAUUAUUCUAAAAUUGAUUUUUAAUAAAAAUCCUCAGCAAUCUACACACAAUACCCCAGAAUGACAAAUUGAAUACAGGUUUUUUGAAUUUGUAGCAAAUUUAAAUAAAAUAAAAAGCAGAAAUACCUUAUUUACAUAAGUAUUCAAACCUUUUACUAUGAGACUCAAAGUAAUUUAUGGUAGAGUGGCCAGACAGAAGCUACUCCUCAGUAAAAGCACAUGACGGCCUGCUUGGAGUUUGCCAAAAGGCACCUAAAGAUUCUCAGACCAUGAGAAACUAUAUUCUCUGGUCUGAUAAAACCAAGAUUGAACUCUGGCCUGAAUGCCAAGCGUCACAUCUGGAGGAAACCUGGCACCAUCCCUACGGUGAAGCAUGGUGGUGGCAGCAUCAUGCCGUGGGGAUGUUUUUCAGUGGCAGGGACUGGGAGAUUAGUCAGGAUCUAGGCAAAGAUGAACAGAGCAAAGUAUAGAGAGAUCCCAGAUGAAAACCUGCACCAGAGCGCUCAACACCUCAGACUGGGGCGAAGGUUCACCUUCCAACAGGAGAAUGACCCUAAGCAUACAGCCAAGACAACGCAGGAGAGGCUUCGGGACAAGUCUCAAUGUCCUUGAGUGGUCCAUCCAAAGCCCGGACUUGAACCCGAUCGAACAUCUCUUGACCUGAUAAUAGCUGUGCAGAAACGCUUCCCAUCCAACCUGACAGAGCUUGAGAGGAUCUGUAAAGAAGAAUGGGAGAAACUCCCCAAAUACAGGUGUGCCAAGCUUGUAGCAUCAUAACCAAGAAGACUUGAGGCUGUAAUCGCUGCCAAAGGUGCUUCAACACAGUACUGAGUAAAGGGUCUGAAUACUUAUGUAAAUGUGAUAUUUCCGUUUUUUUGCAAAAAUGUCUAAAAACCCAUUUUUGCUUUGUCUUUAUGGGUUAUUGUGUGUAGAUUGGUGAGGGGGAAAAAACAAUUUAAUACAUUUUAGAAUAAGGCUGUAACGUAACAAAAUGUGGAAAAAGUCAAGGGGUCUGAAUACUUUCCGAAAACACUGUAUGCAUCACAUGACACCUGACAUUCAUUUCCAAACCCCUUGUUCUAUUUUGACACAGAUUGGGUCGGUUAAAUGAAAAUGAACACAUUCUUUGCAAAGGUUUUGUCAAAGGAAACAAAUGUCGGAUAAUGUCUCGCGUCGAAUAAAACUGAGCACUUACAAAGGCGUUUUGCAAACAGUGAUUUAUAUAUACAGUACCAGUCAAAAUUUGGACACACCUACUCAUUUUCUUUCCUUUCCUAUGAAAUAACACAUAUGGAAUCAUGUAGUAACGAAAAAAGUGUUAAACAAAUCAAAAUAUAUUUUAGAUUCUUCUAAGUAGCCACCCUUUGCCUUGAUGACAGCUUUGCACUCUUCUGGCACUCUCUCAACCAGCUUCAUGAGGAAUGCUUUUCCAACAGUCUUGAAGGAGUUCCCACAUAUGCUGAGCACUUGUUGGCUGCUUUUCCUUCACUCUGCGGUCCAACUCAUCCCAAACCAUCUCAGUUGGGUUGAGGUCAGGUGAUUGUGGAGGCCAGGUCAUCUGAUACAGCACUCCAUCACUCUCCUUCUUGGUCAAAUAGCCCUUACACAGCCUGGAGGUGUGUUUUGGGUCAUUGUCCUGUUGAAAAACAAAUGAUAGUCCAACUAAGCGCAAACCAGAUGGGAUGGCGUAUCACUGCAGAAUGCUGUGUUAGCUAUGCUGGUUAAGUGUGCCUUGUAUUCUAAAAAAAUCACACUGUGCCACCAGCAAAGCACCAUCACACCACCUCCUCCAUGCUUCAUGGUGGGAACCACACAUGCGGAGAUCAUCCGUUCACCUACUCUGCGUUUCACAAAGACACUGCGGUUGAAACCAAAAAUCUCACAUUUGGACUCAUCCGACCAAAGGACAGAUUUCCACCGGUCUAAUGUCCAUUGCUCGUGUUUCGUGGUCCAAGGAAGUCUCUUCUUCUUAUUGGUGUCCUUUCGUAGGGGUUUCUUUGCAGCAAUUCGACCAUGAAGGCCCAAUUCAUGCAGUCGUCUCUGAACAGUUGAUGUUGAGAUGUGUCUGUUACUUGAACUCUGUGAAGCAUUUAUUUGGGCUGCAAUCUGAGGUGCUGCUACUCUAAUGAACUCAUCCUCUGCAGCAGAGGUAAUUCUAGGUCUUCCUUUCCUGUGGCGGUCCUCAUGAUAGCCAGUUUCAUCGUAGCGCUUGAUGGCUUUUGCGACUGCACUUGAAGAAACUUUCAAAGUUCUUGAAAUGUUCCGUAUUGACUGAACUUCAUGUCUUAGAGUAAUGACGGAGUGUCGUUUCUCUUUGCUUAUUUGAGCUGUUCUUGCCAUUAUAUGGACUUGGUCUUUUACCAAAUAGGGCUAUCUCCUAUAUACCACCCGUACCUCGUCACACACAAGCUCAGCUCAUACGCAUUAAGAACGAAAGAAAUUCCCCAAAUUAACUUUUAACAAGGCACUCCUGUUAAUUGAAAUGCAUUCCAGGUGACUACCUCAUGAAGCUGGUUGAGAGAAUGCCAAGUGUGCAAAGCUGUCAUUAAGGCAAAGGGUGGCUACUUUGAAGAAUCUCAAAUAUAACAUUUAUUUUUAUUUAUUUUUUGGUUACAUGAUUCCAUGUGCUAUUUCAUAGUUUUGAUGUCUUCACUAUUAUUCUACAAUGUAGAAAAUAGUAAAAAUAAAGAAAAACCCUGGAAAGAGUAGUUGUGUCCAAACAUUUGACUGGUACUGUAUAUAUUCCAUAAAAUGGAUUUCCAAAAUGUGCCAGACAAUAUUUGCCCUUAUACGGAAAAUAAAUAGAUUUGAAAAAAUCUGGGUGUGUUCUGGUGACAUCCAAAGAGCAUCUUAAAGGGUCAAUAUGCAGUUGCUACAUACAUUUCUGGAUGUAGAAAGGUAUUCUAUGUCCCCAUUGAUUCUUCAAGAUUAUAACUUAUAAAUGCUUCAUAAGUUUAGGUGAACUUUCAUACCGCAUCAGAACCCAAAAUAUAAGCUUGUUUUACACCAAUGUUUGUAAUCAAGGUAAAUGUAUAACCUUAACACAUGGUUAAAACUAUCAUUUUUAUAUCAUGGGUGGUCAGUCGUUGCAUCUAUAGCCCGGUCUAUGAAUUUGACAGUGGUUACAUUUCUCCAGCCCCAUCCCUCAACUUUUUACUGAAACAGUGGCGGCGAAAACAUUUAGUUAUUGUUUCAACUGCGGAUUGUCCCUUUAAAGCACUUUCAGCCUUUGUGGUUUUGACUCCAAAUGUUUCCAUCUUUUCCAAUGGAAAUGCAAAAGCAUUGCUUGAGGCAGCUAAGAGUAUUGACUGUGUCUAAUCGAAAGUCUGUUUUUUUUGGUUAUAUUUUUGUUCAAUGCAAGUAUACAGGGUCAAACUAUAAAAGUGGCAUUUACGCGGAAAGCAAUUGGAACUAUGUGGACAAUUCGAUUGUAAGGUUGUUUCUCUCGGGGGAAUGAUGAAACAAACUCAAGUGCACCAACAUGUAAAAAAGGAACGAAUGUUUGUUUUGUCUAGAUCAUUUCAAUCAUUGUUUAUGGUUAAUCGAAUCGAGAUCAUAUGGGUUAUAUGACCAGACACUAAUUCAAUCAACUGAACUGUUUAAAUCAACAGAACAUUUCACCGGUUUUCCUUGCGGCCAGGUAGUACAGAUGGCAGCUUUGCACCUAUGUGAGCCAAGUCAAGAGUCAUUAGGAAAGCAAGCUAACAUUAGCUAGUGUGCCAGCUUUACGGUAUUACUUGGCACUGCCCUCAAUAGGCAUACGCAAAGCUAUCACGAUGAGCAUUACAACUGUCAUUUACAGUCAUGCCAGCUUUUGUCGAGUAACUUCCGAUGGUCCUCAUAAUACAAGCUACUGUUAGCUAGGGUGCUAAUAACAGAGUAAUGCUUUUGUCACGAUAGUUCUAUAAUAAGUCACAACAGCUGAUGAUGGCUCUCAUGAUUGUGACCGAGUCAGGCAGGCCUUGACAGGGGGCAUCAAGUGUUGCCACGUUGGUAAUGUUGUUAGGUCUAUGUUACUUGAGUAGAACAUUUCUACUCCAAAUAUAGAGAAAUAUAUAGCGAGCAUACAUUUACUGGAGGUUAAGUAUUUGGUAUUUAUGUUGACUUCUAGAUUGUUAUACUCUCACUUGUGUCACAUGUGACUUCAGAAUCUUAUCAAGUCAACUUAAAGCUAUUGCCCAGCCCGGUAACAGGCCCGUGCUGCUUCAUCAAUAGAAAGUCAGUCAAUAAAACAGUUUAAACAUGACAAUAGUAUUUGAAAGUGGACCAAAAAGUGAACUAAUAUUAACCGCUAAGCCCACUACAUUCAGGAUAGAUUCAUCUUGAUUUUCAACAGGUUUACAUUUAAUUACCGUAAAGUAUAGUCAGUAUGAAUUUGUUCAAAGGUUCAUACCAUAUAUAACUUCAUAUGAACUGGCAGUGUUACUGCAAGUGUUUCUUUCAUCAUAGUAUACACAGUAUUGUUUGUUGUAUUUUUACUGUAAUUUUACCUUCUGGUUGCUCUGGAUGGUACUAGUAGCUUGUAUUCUUCCAAGUUGCUUAAGAAAAGGUGCUAAGGCUAGAUGUUUAUUUGAGAUGGAGCUGAGAAGAUUGUUAAAUACAUUUAUAGUAUGUUAAAAAAUAAA